AUGCCUUCAAUCACUAAGCUAGCCCUCUCAGCUCUAGCAGCAACAACAACCUUCGCAACCGGAAUCAACGAUUUCAACUGCAAAUCCGACUCCAACCCCGUCGUCUUCCUACAUGGACUGGGCGCAACCUACUAUGAAGACAUCAACUUCCUCCAAUACUGGCUCCAGGCCAAAGGCCACUGCACCUACGCCCGCACCUACGGAGCCUACGACGGCUUCCCGUUCCUGGGCGGACUGAAGAGUAUCAGCGAAAGCGCGCCCGAGAUUGCCGCCUACAUCAAGGAAAUUGUCGCCAAGACCGGCAAGGAGAAGGUCGAUCUUGUCGGCCACUCUGAAGGUGCUUUCCAGUCCCUUUAUGUUCCCAAGUUCGAGGGUGUCUCGCACCUUGUUGAUAAAAUUGCUGCUAUUGCGCCGCCAACGCAUGCUACAUCUUUUGCCCACUUGUAUGAUCUUGCUUACGUGCUCGGGAACACUACCCGUGAGGUCGUGAAGGAUGUUCUUGAUCUUGUUGGUUGCCCGGCUUGUGAUGAGCUUGGCCCUGGUGGUGCUGCUAUCCUGCGCUUGAAUGAUGGUGAGCCUAUUGUUCAGCCAGGGAAUAAGGUUACUAUUAUCGCUUCCAAGUAUGAUGAGCUUGUUACUCCUCCUUCUACUUCCUUUGUGCACGAGGAUGGUGUUACCAAUCGCUGGAUUCAGGAUACUUGUCCCCUGGAUCCUGUUGGUCACAUCGGUGAAGCUUAUGACUUGAAUGUUUGGAACUUGGUUAAGAAUGUUCUUGAUGAUACUCCUGAUCGGAAGUUUGUUUGUUUACUUGGUUCGCCUGGUAAAUAG